UAAGCCUGACAUGAAACUCAAGAAACGUCUAUGAAAUCCGCCCUAUUAUGUGAAGUACAGAGCUUGCAACUUUACAUAUUUUUUAAUUUUAAGUACAAAUCUGUAUGUGCACAAAUCAAGUACAGAAUUUUUUGUUCUGCUCUAUUCUUUUUAUUUUGUAUAAUCUUUGGUAAGAUACACACUUUGUUGCAAUCCGUACGAAAAAAUUUAAGUGGUUAUAAAAUUAUUACGAUUAACAUUAAUAAUUACACUACACAAGUAUGACUGAUAAUAAACAAACAAAGGACGAAACGGAAGAUCAAGAGUUAAAUGAUUUAUUAGACAAUGCAUUAAAAGAUUUCGACAAAAUAUCUGUAUCAAAUACUGAAAAAGACAAUGCCACAAGCACUAUGGAUUUACAUAAGGAAACAGAUAAUAUUGAAACAUCUAAAGUAUUUGGAGAACAAUGGACAGAAGAUUUUCUAAAACAAACGGCGGACCAAUUUGAAAAAAAUUUGCAAAAUUUAUUACAAAAUGGUGAUGGUGAUUUAGAAGCUACUUUGCAAAAACUUGGACAAGCAUCAAUCAAUAAUGCGGCAGAUGAAAAAGACAGCGUUACUGCAGAUUUUCAAUCAGCUAUUUCACAAGUUUUAAAGGAUUUGACUGCAAAUUCAGAAAAUUUACAGAAUGACACGGAUUUAGCAGCUAUGCUUGGGCAAACGUCUCUUGAUGGUGAAACCAGUGAAAUAGUGCUGCCAUUUAUGCAAGGAAUGAUGGAACAUCUUUUGUCGAAAGAAAUUCUUUAUCCAUCAUUGAAAGAAUUAUCAGACAAAUAUCCAGCAUGGUUAGAAGAAAACAAGGCAACGCUGAAUUCUUCUGAUCUUCAAAGAUACACAAAACAAUUGGAAUUAAUGCAAAAGGUAUGUAUUGAAUUGGAAAAAGAGAAGGAAGAUGAUGCUGAAGAUAUAAAAAAACAUCGAUUUGAAUAUAUACUGAAGCUUAUGACAGAAAUGCAAAAUUAUGGUCAAGCACCGGAAGAUCUUAUUAGCGAGCAGUGUUCGCUUUUUCAAUUCGAUUCUGAAGGAAAUCCUAUUCUUCCCUUACCAUCAGGAAUUGAUUCACAACAGGAUUGCUGCAUUAUGUGAAUAAAUGUGCAGUUAUUUGAAUAUUUCUAGAAUAUUAUGUUGUUUUAACAAUUUCACAAUUUUAUUUCAGAAAUAUUUUAGCAAGUUUAGCUAUUAACUUUUCUGUGAUAAAGUUUACUAAUAUGCGAAUACAUAUGCAAGAUAUAUUAUAAAACUAUCUGCUCUUAACUUGAACAAUGUUGGGUUAUUUGGAACUUAAUACAUUACAUGUGUGUGUGUGCAUAUAUAUUUGCAUUUUGUGGUAAAUUUUAUCUGUAUAUUAUGAAUAAAAUUUAUAUAUAAUUAAAAAUUAUUUACUAAGAUAUAAUAUGAAAAAUUACAAAUUUUCUAUCAUAGCUUGCUUUCUAUCAAGUUAUUGUAAAAAAAAUCAAAUUUUUGUUUAUAUUUAUGCAUGUAUGUAAGUAAUGAUUGUAGCUAAUAUUAUUCUUUAUUGAUUAUAUGGUAAUUAAGUUGGAAAUACUUUGUAAUAUUGAUAAUAUUAAUUAUAAUAAAACAGUGUACUUACA